AUGUCUGUCACGGAUGCAUCCUUUGAGCAAUCAUGUGGUCAUAUUGGUACCACCGCCAAAGAGCAGUGGAUGCAGUUGCCAUCAGCCUUACGGCGCGAUCUGGGUAGCGAAUUUUGCCUGCCUGACCCUGAGUUCCUGUACAAUGUUUGCCUGGAUGACUUGGACCGACAUUCCCUCGUAUCCCACUAUGCAUCGGAUGCUGCCGAACUUGAAUUUUUCACAUCAAUCUUGAAGACUUUGCAGGUUCAGUCUUCUGCUGCUGCUAGCUUGUGUCGAAAGCGGCGUGCUGCAGUGCACCCUUCUUUGCAAUGGCUUGCUGUUUGUAAACAGCCGCGCAUGGUCGAAACUGUCGUGCCGCCAGUAGAUUCCUUGGAGUGGCUUUGUCAUCAUUCUGGUGCUCACAAGCGUGCUCGGAUUCGUGUGCCCAAAAAUUGCCCUAACAGCCGAGCAGAUGCUGAGUUGUCUUCUCAGCUGCGUUGGCAGCGCAAGUUGGCUACUAUUUUGAUAGAUUCUUGCGCGCCUGCUUUAUCCGGAGCGACUGGGCAGACUGGUGAGCUGCGAGCUUUGCGUUUGGCUGGCAACACCCGCAGCAGCACCUUAAAGAAGCAUAUCCAGAUGUGGCACCGAUAUAGCAAGUGGCUGCAUGCAGCCUACCAGCUGCAGUGGCCGACCACUUGUGACAUGGUACUUGACUUUCUUGAGGAACUUGCUGCUCAGCCGUGUGGCAAAACUGUUCCGGAAGCAUUUUGCGCCACGCUGCAAUUCAUGGAAAGAGUGGCUGGUAUCGCCUUGGAAUUUCGUUUAGGGAAGCAAACGGCAGUCCUGCGUACAGUUGAGCAAUUGUCCGCGCAGUUGGAAACCGGUGCGCCCCCAUCUAGGAAGGCCAGACCACAACCUUUGAUUCUAAUCCUGGCUUUGGAACUCUGGGUUAUGAACAUCAGCGAGGAAGGCAUGUGCUUCGAACGAGACUAUUUGGUGCCUUUGCCGACCAAAAAUCGCGAAUCCUGUGUCCAAUUUAUGGCUGACUAUACGGCAAUGUGUGCUUUGUCCAAAGAACUCUAUUGCUUACUGCGCCGUCCCGUUUUUCAGUGGCAGCAGUGGAGCUUGACAGAUGAGCCUCUUUUGAUCGCCCCAUCUGCUUGUCGGGCAUGGACAGAACAUAGCGAGCGUUGCUGGUUAGCCAGCGUGGCUGCUGUAUUAGACAUAGGGCGCGAGCGGCGUGAAGUUCUGGGCCGCUGGCGUGUAGCCUCCUGUUCUGAUGAAUACAUCCGGACUGCGCAACGUGUGGUCAGCCAAGUUCAGCGUGCAAUAGUUGGGGGGGUCCUCAAUGACACGGAAUGGCAGCUGCAAGAAAUUGGCAUUAAAGAUUUGGAGAUACAUUUGAGACAGGCAGGUGAGUCUGAUUCAUUGAUUUACAAUCAACUUUGUGCAUUCGACUUGAGCUUAGCGGGUUGGUGUGGCCCUGUUCGACCCAUUGCCGCGCAUGCUGCGCCCGAUUCGCCAAAGCCUAUGGAGAAUGCGUGCAAUGUAGCUGAAGUAUCCGCAGUAGCAGUAGGUGUUGAGUCAGACGAGGAUGACUCAGGCUCUUCGUCAGACAGCACAGAUGGCAGCCUAGCUGCAUCACCUGACUUGAAGUACCACUUGUCUGAGGUGAAAGUCCCUGUGGAGGUGCAAGCCGCUUUGUUCCACAAAGGCUUUGUGGAUUUGCAGCUUUUUGCCGGGCUGGAUGAAUCCCGCUUGGAAGUGCGCAAUGCUCUUGCUGUUGAAAUUGGCUUAAAGCACGACGAGUGCACCGAUGCCCGCCAAAAUGUUGCCCGGCUAUUAUCUGCAUGGGAAUCUUCUCGUGCGCAGCUGGUGGCUGAGGACAAGAUGAAGGCUGAAAGCAAGCUCGGCCAAACGCCUCGGAUUGUGCAGUGCUCCGAGAUGGCAGCUUUGCGCAAAGCGGUGGAGGCUGAUCUUGGCAAGUUACAGGACGAUGAGGUCCCUGCCAAGUCUCUGAUUGCCACCAAGUUGGAACAGAUUGAAUCUGGCGACCUACGUGCCGAAGACUUACGUGAGGUCCUUUGCGUGGAAGACACAGAUGUUGAUCUCUUUAGUGGCAUCAUUGAGCAUGGCACCGGCAAUCUCAAGAUCAAGCCGGGGAAGGCGAGCAUUGCUAUGCCAUCAACUCCAGAAGAGUUGAGGCUACGACAUCGCCGCAUUGGCAUUGCAUGGCUGAUGGUGGGUUCCAAGCACAAGAACCAAUCCUGGAUCACGCCUGCCUUGUUGGAAGCGUUUCGCCGUUUUUCUGACCAUAUUGUGGGCAGGCACAUUGCAGGUUUUCCGAUCAUGGCCCAGGGAGUGACAAGGCACCCAGCUUGGAAUUUGGUGUUAUCUUAUGAGCUAGAAGUACGCAAAAGGGCUUACAAGCAGCUGCGCGAUGGCAAGCAUUCAUCUUUGCAAGAAGCUUUGGAAGAUGCGUGGAAUUCUGCUGAGCUGAUCAACAAGCAUUUUUUGGUUCCUCUGACUGCAUCUGCUGACUUCUUCAGCACGGCCAGUCACGGUGAGGGGCCCAACCGGCUGAUGGGCCCCGCCAGGAAUCAAUUUUGUCAGCCGAAAAAGUCAGUGCCGCGCUUCCCUCGCCUGCGCUCUAGUGUUGAUACAGAUUUGCUUGAUGGUGAAGAAGAGACAGCAUGGUUUCAUCAAGCAGUCGGUGGCUGCGGACCUCCUUUGAACCCAUGCGCUCGUCAUGUGAAGCCGAUAGGUGCGCAAUGCUUUGCAGGUCUGCAGACAGUGUUGGACAAGCACACGGACGGGCCACUGGUGAAAGAAGCUAGGGAGGCUGUCAAAGGCAUUCUGAGAAAACAUGGUGCGCAGCUUGAUUUAGAUGCAAUUCCAGAGCGACAGCCUUUCCAUCUUGCUUUGCUUGAAGAGUUUCUGCGUCUCUGCAACGAUCCUGAUGCUUCAGCGUAUUUUUCAGGCAAGGAUUCAUUUGCUGCGGGCGUGUCUUUAGGUGUGAAUCAGAAGAUGCCGCGAACUCCAGCUGCGAUUGAAGCACAAUUCGUAGAAGAAGCCAAGUUAGGUGCGAUGGUGAAGAUGGAAGUUGAGGAGGCGUCAAGGAUCUAUGGUGAAAAUUUGAGGGUAGCUUCGCUUGGUGCAAUCCGGAAAGCUGAUGACAGCUUCCGUGUAGUCCAUGAUGGAGCACACGGCAUAGGGGUCAAUGGUAAUAUCAAGGUGCGUGACCAGAUUGCAUGCCCAAGUGCAGGUGAUUUGCGGCAGGUGCUACAGGUGCUGGAGAAGCCGACUUUUGUUUUGACAGCAGACAUCAAGCGCGCGCACAGGCUUGUGAAGAUCAAGCCAGAAGACUGGGGGCUGCAAGCAUGUAGGACAGACGAAUCUUCUUCAUUUGUCUGGCUGAAUACUGUAGGCACUUUUGGCGUUGCGUCAGCUGCAGUACAUUGGUCGCAUCUUUUCAGUGGAAUACAGCGGGCGGUGUGCUAUUUAACUGGUACUUUGAAGCUGUUUCUCCUCACCUAUGUUGAUGACUUGCUGUUCAUUACACAAGGGAAAGCUGCAACGGAUGCAAUUGUAGUUGCUCUUCUGUUUAUGGUAGUCUUGGGCGUUCCCCUCAGCUGGCAUAAGUGCAAGGGGGGCACACAGGUCGAAUGGGUAGGCUACUACGUGGAUCUGGAACAGAAGUCUGUUGGUAUUAGUGAAAAACGUGCAGAUUGGAUUUGCAACUGGGUUGAGACAACUGUGGCAGCAGGCGUGGUGAAAUUGCAUGACUUUUCUGCAGUGCUAGGUCGGCUUUCUUUUGCAAUGGCGGCAAUUGAGCACCUCAGGCCUUUUCUGGGGCCACUGUACGCAUGGUCUGCAGCCCUGGAAAACGUGGUUCAUGCUCGCUUGCCUAAAGCUGUUAUCUACAUCUUGCGUUUCAUUGAACAUAUGCUGAAACAUGGAUGGCGUACUCGCCCAGUGGGACCUCUGCAAGAAGCUCGUAGGGAAUUAUUCAGGGCAGAUGCAAAAGCCGAAGGUGAAGUGAUUUGCAUCGGUGGCUGGGCAGUUGAGGACGGUCCGGAUACAAAAUCAUGUAGAUGGUUCAGUGAAAGGUUGACGCGGUCAAAUGCACCUUGGGCUUUCUUGGCUGGGGAAUCUUUCCGAGCCAUUGCAUCACUGGAAUUGUUUGCCACCUUAGUGAGCCUGGUCCUCUUCAAGCCUGCGUGCUACAAAGGUUCAAUGAAAAUUUCAGCUGGAACUGAUAACUUGGGAAAUACACAUCUCAUCGCUCGGUUGAUGAGCACCAAAUUCCCAUUGUGCGCUAUUUUGAUGGAAGUGGCGGCAGUUCUCAUGGACGGCAAUCAUGAUCUGCAGUUGGAAUGGCUUCCUCGUCUCCAAAACCAGGAGGCAGACAAUCUCACAAAUGAGAUUUUUCACGGUUUCAGUGAGGAUCGCAGGCUGCGAUUUCGUAUGGAGGAGUAUGAAGGUUUAGUCUUACAGGCAAUGUUGAAUUUGUGCAUGGAAUUGUACGAGGACGUGCGGAAAGCACGUGACCGCAAGGUGAGCCAGACCAAGCGGGUGAAGACUGGCGAGCCUCUGCGUGUGAGAGACCCUUGGGGCUGA